AUGGACGACGACGAUUUGACGCAGGAUAUUUUGGAUCAGUUUGACCUGAUUUGCACACAGCAUCUCGUGGAAGUUGGUAUACACACUACCGUGAAUAGCCCAAAGGUGUGCAACUUUCGCAACAUUGAUGGAAGGCAUAUUGACUCAAAGCUGGUGCGAACAAAAUCUUUGGAUGGACGAGCCGUUCCCAGCGUUGUGGAACGCAGUCGUCAGGGCGCGGAUGAUAGUAAUCAGCAGGCAAUCACCAAAAGCAAUGAAGAAUUCGAUCGUCUGAAGAAAGAGGUAAUCACUUUACGUGAAGAACUGUACAUGAAACUGGGUGAGCUUGCCACCAUUAAAGAGUCAGCCAAACGUGCGAACGCUACGAAGUCGGAUGCCAUUAUUCGGUUAGAAAGUAGCCUGAAAUCGGAGCGAGAGGAAUUCCAACAUCGACUGAGUGAGCUAACGGCACAGUUGGCUUUCCGGGAAGCAGACUAUCGCUUGGUUACUUCUGAAUUGGCUCGUGUGAAAGAACAAGUGGCAAUGGCAAAGACGUCCACGUUUCAGGGUGAGAACCCCCCUGAGUUCUCUCCGGCCUCUCAGAUAAUUGCCUCAGUAGCUAUGUCCCCCUAUACCGAUCGACAACAGCCUUCACUUCUUCAGUCACCGUCACAGAGCCACUUGCCAGCACCGGUCACUCCAGUUCCAAGCAGACGACGAACACGUCACGUGGAUGGAAUGUGGAGGGUUCCUAUAGCAUCAAAGGCGGAGGCUCCACUUUCACCACCAGCUAUUCCUUCAAAAUUACGGAAUGGUUUCCACGCUAUCUCAGACGUUGUCCCAUCAGCUGUGGAACCGCCCGAACCUUUAGAAUACGGAAUACUUGAGACGCCACGAAAACGACCUCGCCACUGCGGACCGGAUUUACUAACAGCUGAAACCGCAUGCUCACCGCGUCGCCAGCUUGUUGAUGUAGCUAUUGGUACGGACAUUCCAUCAUUGGACAACCCAUUUGCUGGUAAACUUCGUUACCGGAUUCCAAGAAUCACACCUAAGCCUGGAUUAUCUUAUAUUGCCCUACAGCAUCUCUCUACAGGAAUUCCCACACCCAAUAAGCUAGCCUCGGACUUACUUCGUUUGGUGGCACUCGAAGAAGCAGACUGUCGAGAUCAGAGUGUAUUUCGAACCCGUGACCUCCUGGCUAGCAGUUCAAACACUGGACCAUUUGGCCACGGGCGGUGGAACAACAGUAUGAGUGGUUUGAACUUAGACGAAGUCACUGUUUAUUCUCACUCACGUUCUAGGUGCUCAACCACAGAAGCUGCUGUAUCAAGCCUUUCGGGUUCCAGUCUAUUAUCGACUGAUCAUUAUCUUCAGGGCAUUCGUAUUUUGGUUGACUGCGAGGCAGAGUCGAUCACACCUUCGUCGUCUGAAAGCACACUCAGACAUCGUCUACUGAAGGCGGCGGCCUUUAUCAAGUCACUGACGGAUGCCCUGCCCCAUCUAAUAGUACGGAUUGAAGAGCUUUUGAAGCUCGUCCUCAUCUUUCCUCAUCCGCAACAAUCGGAUGCCCACCGUGUUCCUUCUGCACCUUCGUUGACGAACGUUGGGAAGGUGGAACGUCCUUCGAACGUUUUCGGCGCCCCUAUUUCUGAGCAAGAGGACGGAACAGAGGGUAUAUCCUACCUUGGAGAGGAUCCAUUUGCCGGGGCUCCAGCCUCUCAAAUCGUCGCUCCACUCCCUCAGCUUCCUUUUCGAAGAACAGCCCAUUCUGUGGAACUACAAGGACGUCCAAAUCAGCAUCAGAGCGACAUUGCCUCACCCGCCCCCGCCACUAUUCGGCAAACUCAUUCUUCCACAGACAUCAAAUUAGUCCCUCCGUCGAAACUGGGUGACUGGCCUUCAUUCCCGCACCAAGCAGUCCUUCAACAUGGUUUGUCAGCUCUCAGACAGGUUCAGUGCAUCCUGAAAACGCUGCACCAAUGGCAUGCCACAUUACGCAACUCUCCAGGAGACGCUGACCAUUCUUUCGACUUCUUCCAAAUUCAUUCUCUCAUUGGUCGUUUGAUGUCUCAGUUUAUCAGUCAGCUUGCGGAUAUUCGUGUUUCCCAGUUGGUGAAGACAUCACCAAAGCAGUCAUCUUUGGGCAGUUCAACUCAUCGGCCAUCCGUCUUGUUCCCACUCACCACUGCACAAACUCAGGUUUGUGGUGAUUCUGGCCGAAGCGGCUUAGGUCCUCCAUCGCAGUUGAUCGGCCCUUGCCGUUUGCCUUCCCCCUUCUCGAAUAUCUUCAGUCAUCUUGCUCUGAAUAUCGCAGAUUCAUUGGCCAGCUUGGUGAUCAAUAUGCCAGAUGUGCAAGCAAAAAAGAAUGUGGAUAUCAUACCGGACAAUUCUCAGAAUCUCGACUGGUCGUUGUCCUUCGUCGACUGCGUCCUGUUGGCCGCCGGUGGUCGAGACGAGUGUGUUGUUGAUGAACAGUCUGAAUUAGAUACGCUUUCUUCAACUACAUCACUCACAUCUCUUAUCCUCUUCAUCCGACUGGCUCGAAGCAUGGUCAGCGCUGGUCUCUGGAAUCUUGGCCAUCAGACAGGUGUUUGGUGGCAGAACGUAGCACACUCUCGACCAUCCUCUGAAAAAAAGUUGGAAUUGAGCGGAGGAUGUAAUGAAGCCAUCUUUCAGUUAUUUGGCGCCACUAUCGGCUGCUGCCUUCGAUCUCUCGUCGGGUGGGUGCGAAACACGGUCGACCGGCUCGAGUCUGUGAUCACGAAUCUAAAUGGGCCUUCGGACGAUCUGCUGUCCACCGAUUCGAAGCCGGACGAUAGUAGACAACACCGCUUGGUUGAUUAUGAUUUGAAGUUGAUGCAGCUGUUGGGUGAAUUCUCUGGAUUUAUCGUGGCUCUUGUUGAACAACCCGAUAUUGAGUGGCCUGAAAGUUGCCCGUGCAAGCAUGAACAAAGGCUUGCCAGGACCUUAGCCUCAAGGUUGAGCGAGAAGGAAAUCGAACAGCAAACUCUGAUUUGUGGAGUCCCCUAUUCAGCACUACCCAUAGCCACAUGCAUUUCAGUCAUAACUUCUCUCCCGAUGGUCAUCUGCCGCAAAGAAGCCAAAACGUAUGGGACAAAGAAAAUGGUCGAAGGAGUUUGGAAAGUGGGACAACAUUGCGUGAUCGUCGAGGAUGUGGUUACAUCGGGAGCUAGUGUGGCGGCUGUUGCUGAGUUGUUGCGAAGCGAGGGAAUUUGUGUUUCUCGGGCCCUACUUCUCGUCGACCGUGAACAAGGCGGUGUCGGUAUUUUACAAUCGAAGUACGGUAUAUCAGUUGACAGUCUGUUCCGGCUGAGCGAACUAACGGAAAUUCUCCAUGCCGAAGGUCGAAUCACGGAACAGGAUAAACUACGUGUCACAGAAUUCAUCCGUUCAACUCCGGCGCCUGCAGAUCAUGCUCCUCAUCUAUCCGAUGUCACAUAUUUAGCUGCGAAGCAACCUUCCUUGGAGCAGUUAGUAGCCCAAAAAUCCUCACGUCUCUGUGUUGCGAUAGACACUGUGGAUCCGGAACAACUGUUGAAAUUGGCGGAUCAAGUUGGGCCGAAGGUGUGCGCAAUCAAGUUACAUCUGGACAUGUUGCAUUUCGACAACAACGUGGAACGUAUCAUCACUGGGUUGCGUCGACUUGCUGUCCAGCAUGGAUUUCUCAUUGUUGAAGAUCGAAAGUUGGCGGACAUUGGGCAAACAGUGAUGCACCAGUUGAAAGGCGGCGUCUACAAAAUUUCAACGUGGUGUGAUCUGGUCACUGUUCAUUGUCUUGCUGGUCCGGGAGUGUUCCAAACUUUGCGUCAAAUCAACGAGGAAAUCGCAGAGCACGGACAUAAUCGGGAGUUUAGGGCGCUACUAGUCGCUCAAAUGAGCUCUCAGGGUAACCUCUUGGACGCUUCUUACAGUCGAAAUUGUUUAGCAAUGUGUCAAGAAUAUACGGACAUACUGGCUGGUUUCGUAUGUCAGCACCCUCUACCCGGUUCAGAGGCCCUAUUCGCUGCUAACCGUUCCCUUUUCUACUGGGUGCCAGGAAACGGGUGUGACACUAUCGAUUCUGAACUGGAGCGCGAACUAGCUCAGAGCAUAGACAAAUCAGGGGCCUUCUCAGUGUCCGAACAUCUUGACUUCAAGGCCUUUAGAUGGCCCAAGUGGUUAGAGCGCGAAUUUACUGACCGGAAGGUCCAUGUUUCGAAUCCGACCUCCGCCUCUCAACUUUCCCUGUCUACGCCUGGGCAACCUGGCAGUAUCCCAGCCCUCGUGCUUCCUUCGGGUGACAUGGCAGCUAGGCACUGGAAGGGUGCUACAGCUGAAUGCUUUCCUUUCUUUCCAAGCUUUAGAUUUAGUGAGGUAACGAUUCAAAACGGAAAAACUGAAUUUUUUGAGAGCACACCUAAUUUGACCGCAAUAUAUCGCUGA